AUGUUAAAAAUGUCUCGUGAUCCUUUUUCACGUUUCACUACACUAAUUCUAAUUACAUCCUAUAUCUUCUCUUAUGAAACCGAAGCAAGGCUACUUCAUGACAACGAUAUGCACAAUCUCAACUCAAUACCAGAGCCACCAUCUUCGUCCUUCUCUCAAUCUCAGCCUCCGUUUAUUUCUCCAAACCCUAAUGACCCGUCACAGCCUCCAUCUCCUUGCCAAGAUCUCGACCAAGAAGUAGUCCACGACGUGAGAAACUAUGGUGCGGCCGGGGACGGUAUCACAGACGACACUGACGCGUUCAAGACAGCUCGGGAUUCUGCUUGUAGCAGUGACGAGGACAACAAUGUCUCCGUAUUGCUUGUGCCUUACGGUUUCACUUUCAUGAUCCAUUCCACUAUUUUCACCGGUCCUUGUCGCUCUUACCAAUACUUCCAAGUCGAUGGGACCAUCGUGCCUCGGGAUGGACCAGAAUCAUGGCCGAGCGGUUUCAACAAAAGGCAAUGGCUCGUCUUUUAUAGAAUCAAUGGAAUGGCUCUAAUAGGCAACGGGGUUAUCGACGGUCGCGGACAAAAAUGGUGGGAUCUUCCAUGCAAACCUCACCGGAAUGUCAGCAAAACGACUGCACUUACUGGUUCAUGCGAAAGCCCUGCUGCUUUAAGGUUCUUCAUGAGCUCAAAUCUAAGUAUGAAAGGUGUGACUAUUAAAAACAGCCCGCAGUUUCAUAUGACAUUCGACGGAUGUCAUGAAGUUCACAUCAACUCCCUUCGAAUCACAUCUCCACCGUCAAGUCCCAACACUGAUCACGGCAUCCACAUAGAGAACUCCAAGUCCAUUGAAAUUCAUAACUCGUUUAUCUCCAACGGAGAUGAUUGUAUCUCAAUAGGAUCCGGAUCAUACAAUAUCGAUAUACGGAAUCUCACUUGCGGACCAGGCGGGCAUGGAAUUAGCAUUGGGAGUUUAGGCAACCAAAACUCACGUGCAUGCGUCUCCAACGUCACGGUUAGAGACUCGUUCAUUAAAUUUUCCGACAAUGGUGUACGGAUCAAGACAUGGCAAGGUGGAUCUGGUUCCGUUUCGGGUGUAACGUUCGACAGUAUCCAAAUGGAUAAUGUCCGAAAUCCGAUAAUCAUAGACCAGUACUAUUGCACGAGCAAAAACUGCCCUAACAAAACAAAUGCGGUUUUUGUGAAUGAUAUUGUAUAUCAAAGUAUAAAAGGCACAUACGACAGACGUAGUCCUCCUAUACAUUUUGGAUGUAGCAACAGCGUCCCAUGCGCAAAUUUAACACUCUCGGAUAUUGAUUUGGUGCCUUCAAAAGGUGUAACGGUUGUGGAUCCGUUCUGUUGGAAUGCGUAUGGGGUCGUGGAUGAGUUCUCUGUUCCUUCCAUCUCGUGUCUAAAAUCGGAUUCUUCGACGUUAUUGUUAGGCGGUCUUUUAGGAAAAUGUGGAAUAUUGUGA